AAUAACCUCUCGAGCUUGGGUCACACUUUGAAAUCAAAUUUAGUUUUACUUAGCCAGAUUCUCAAGCCGAAUUAAGACCACCCGUGAUUGAUGGCCUCCAACAUGUCGUCGAAGCAGGAGGUAGUGACUGCGAAAGCGCCACAGAUGGAUCAGAGCAAAUUCCCAUUUAGUCAAGCUAUAUCCUACGGAGGCAUGAUCUACUGUUCCGGCAACAUCGGUAUCAAUCCCGAGACGAAGGCCAUGGUCCCCGGUAGUAUCACCGAUCGCACGAUCCAAGCGCUGACGAAUCUGUCGCACAUUCUGGAGGCGGGCGGCUCGUCGCUCAAAAACGUCGUCAAGGUCAACGUCUUCAUCACGACCAUGGAUGACUUCGACGCGAUGAACAAGGGCUACCUGCAAUUCUUCGAGAAGCCCCUGCCGGUCUGAUGAAAUCCCCCCUUUCCCCCUCCCUCCUCUCCAUUUUCUCACCUUAUCCCUCCCAACCUGCCUUCGUUUUGCUUCUCGCAACGCUCUUCGAGGCGCUGACGCCGAAAACUAGGCGAGGACGUGCGUUGCGGUCAAGCAGCUGCCGAUGAACACGGACGUGGAAAUCGAGUGCGUCGCGCAUCUGUGAGGCCUUCAAAAACUUCUUCGUGAACGUCGUCGACGGACCCUAAUCGUCCGAGGCCAGAACGCGAGAUUCGAAGCUCUGAGACUGAGACUGGCUCCUCCCGGGCUUGAGAGGGGGGUUAGGGGGUUAAAAGUGUUGGCUCAGAUUUCGAUCGGAAAGUCUCUAUCGCUCGCUGUCCUCCUGUCUUUACGGUGACAUUCUGUCAGCGAGCAGUCAUGCGUCGGACUAAAGGUUCAUCACGGGAAGACGACGGUUGAGGCACGGACGGGAAAUGAUCAGAAAUUGGCUGAGAGCAGUAUGAUGGAGAUGUUUGACAUUAUGUAUUCUUGGCAAUCUUCGAAAGGAAGCUUUCAGGUCUUCCAAGUUGCUUCAAAAUGUAGUAGAAAAGAAAAAAAAAAAGAUCCCUGGCGUUAUAAA